GGAAUAUUUAUCAAAAUCAAGGUGAUUAAACAAGUUCAUUUGAACCAUGGAACUGAAUAUGAAUGCGACUGAAACGUUAAAACUUAAAAAACAAAAUUUGAAGAGACAUCUUGAAUUGUUUAAGGAAAUGAUUACCAAAACUCGUAGUGAGCAAAGUCGAGUAAAAUGGUCAAAAAUGCUUAAAUCUAUUGAAGCUGAUGAUACCAGCUUCCGUGAAAUCAAUGAAAUCGAAAAAGAAGUCAAUUUUCUAAAUUUACAAAAAAAACAAGCAAGAAGAAAUAAUUUUUUGAAUGUUUUACGAAAGACAGAAACAUCACUGGUGCCGAAUUCGAAUCUAAAAGAUUCCUCUGAUGCAUUAUCAAAUGAUAAGAAUCAAUCAAUGGAAUCAUCAUCGAAUAAUCAACGAAAAUUUAUUCCUUUAAAAGGUAAUCUAAUUCAUCCCAUACGUGGACUGAAUGUAAACAAGUUGACCAUCUCGAAUAAACGUUCGUGGUCAAUCGAUUCUAGAACUGAAGAUAAAACUAAAAUUAUUCCGAAAUUUCUAUCUACUAUUUCUGGCCAAUCUCUAUUAAAAUCCCCUUUUAAAAUUCCUAAAGUUGGAAAUCAAGAUUCAAAUGUUAAAACUUCUCAAAAUAAUCCAACAAAGAGCAACGAAUCGGAAUUGAAGGUCGUUAAUAUUUAUGAGACUAAAACUGAUGGGAAAUCCGAAUAUGCAAAAUCAUUUCCUGAUUAUAAGGAUUUAGUGGAAGACACAAAAAAAAAUACAAAAGAAAUCGAUAAAAAUUCUGAAAGCUCUUCAGCUCUUCCUUUGAUAAGAGUCAAAGGACCGGAAAAACUUUUCGCACAAUCCGAAUGGAGUCCAGAUAAAAAGCCUUUGGAAAGUCCAGGUACAUCACCACAAGAUCAGAAGUCUGAAACAGAAGGAAAGAAUUUGCGAAGUAAAAGAAAGGAAAUUGACAAUGAGCUUAGACGAAAUAAAGAAUUGCGUCGUUUACAUGAAGAUAUUGUUAAACAUGAUAUGCCACUCAAUACCAAACGUUCUUGUACUCUAAAGAGAAACAGUGGUGGUGACGAUUUGUCAAUGACUGAUGAUUCAUCUCAGGAUUGUCAAGAGUAUAGAAUAACUAGAAAAACAGCAGCUGAUGAAAGUUUAACAAGAAAAUCGGAAUCAAAAAGUGUUAAGGAACAAACGUCACCGUCAACAAGAAUAACACGAAAGAGAGCAGCAUUAAUGGAGACAAAUAAUCACGAAAUUGAAGAGUCGUCGAUGAAUAAAAAAAUUCAAAAGAAAGAAGAAUCGAAUGAUAUUGUUAAAAAUUACAACUUGAGGCCUUGUUCAAUUAAUAUUCCUGUCGUUCAACCAGAGAUGCUGAAGAAACCUAUUGUAAUGAAAGCAACAGCUAGAAAGUCAACAAGUAGCUUGUUGCAAAGUGAACUGUCUGAAACGAAACAAUUCUUCAAUAAAACAAAGUUUCCAGAAAAGGAAGAAGUUGAAGAGAAGGAGGAUGGCGACGACUCAAUUGAAAUGAAGACUGAACCAAAUCUUAAAGAAUUUAAAACAGUUUGGAACAUGGGAUAUGCGAUAAGUAAUGAAGAUAUUUGGUAUAAAUGUUUUGUUAAACAUUGUCGCAUUUCAACAAUUCAAAAGCACAAAUUUGUUGAUCAUCUUGAUAUGCGACAUCGAGAUAUAACUUGGAGUGGUUUUUGUCACACAUGUGAGAAGACAAUUUUGCCUAAAAAGGUAGGAAAUUAUUCGUUGAUUAAUGAGUUUAUUCAUAUGUCGGAUGCUCAUUAUUCACUUCAUAAUUUAUCGAUAAAAGAGCCGAAAUGUCCAAGCGUUAAAGAACCAUGCGACAUUGACCCUGAACUAAUGAAGGGAAUUGAUUCCAUUUUAAGUGAACUUCUUCCAGAAGAUAUUCUUGAAAAUUCCAAAAGUAAUGAUGAGAAAUCAGAAAAACCUCAAAUUAAAGAUCCUAAACCGCCUGUCAAAUCAAUUUCUAUGACUUUCCCUACUCGAACAUCUACAACAACAUCGCCUUCAGAAACAAAGAGUGUCACAAUUUCUAAAAAUAUUGUUGGACGUGUCAUAACUUUACCACAAAAUGCUCGUUUCAUUCCAAUGGGACUCAUAAAAGGCACGAAGUCAUCAUCAAUAAAGCCUCUUAAUAUUGUGAAUAAAUCGUCAGCAAUUGUUUAUCCAAGAAUGCCAGAAGCUUCAAUUGUAAAAGCACAACACAAGCCAAAUAUUCCUGUCAUGGCUGAAAAAAUUGGAAAACUUGAGAUUCAACGUCCAAUUCUUAUAAAACAAAAUAUAAAUGAGAAUAAAUUGAUUGUAAGUCGAAAUUCAACAUCAACAACAUUAUCUACUGGUGGUAUAAAGAAGAAAAAUGAAAAUCAAGAUGUGAACUACACUUUGGAAAUUUCAACUCCAGUUAUGGCAAGUGAAAAUCAUGAGGAAACUUUUGAUCAUAAACCAAAGAUGACCCAACUUCCAUCCAGGCCAGUAAAAACAUCAUCAGCAAUUGUUGAAAAAAAAGUAACAAAUGAUGAAAUGAAAAACUGUUCAACACAUCCACGAUCUAUUUCGCUUGCAAUUCCAGAAGUUACAUUAAAUAGCAUUGUCAUAAAUUCUCAAAAUAAUUUUAGAGAAAUUUUAUGUCCUUGGCUUGAGAGACCAACGCAGAAAGCAUUCCUUACAGCUAGUUUAAUGUUGACAUCAAAUGCCUUGGCUGCAACAUUCAAAUGCCUUGGAACUGGCUGCAGCUUUUACACAAGUUCAAACGAGGUGUUUCUUCAACAUUUGGGAUUUCAUAUGACAUGUACAUUGAGUGAUAGAAUUAACUUUUUAUCGUGUGCUUACUGCAAGUUUACCGCACAAAAAUCUCCUGAACAACUUAUCAUUCACAUCAAAAAUGAACAUUGUUUUGAUCGAUUUCUAUGCAGUUUCUGCUUUUAUCGUUCUUGCAGCGACUUAAAUGUGUUCAUUCAUCAAAAUACUUUUCAUAAAAUGAAAAAGCAUGCGAUUAUGGUAACGAAUGUUGAAAAGGUACGAAAUUAUCCAAAAGAACUGGAACGUGUGAAGAAACGAAUGACUGACGUUGUUCCACCAAUCAUUUGUGUGUUUUGCCGAAAUAUUUUUUACGUGUUCAAAACCUUUUUGAUGCAUCUUAAUGAGCAUAAUACAACUCUCAACACAAAAUGUACAAAAUGUGGAUUGAAGACAUCGAAAGGAUUGUUAUUGAAGCAUUUGAUGCAAUGCCAUAAGUUUGGAAUAUAUCAAUGUGUUUAUUGUCGUUUUGGUACGAAUACAGUUGAGAUGAUUCGAUCACAUAUUGUCAACGAACAUGGAUCACGUUUGCCGCUUUAUUGUGAACGUUCUCAAUAUAAAACACCGCCGCAUCAUAACGACAUUUAUUACAAACCUCCUGACUCGUCGAUUGAAUCAACUUGCUUGAGAAGUGUCAACGACUAUGUGCCUCCAGGGAUCUUACAUCGAUCAUCAUUGCUUUUACCAAGUUUAGGAAAUAUUGAAAACGUUGGAGAACUUGGAAAUAAUAUUGUUGUUCGUAGUACCAAUGAUGAUUGCGAUCCUGACUCAUCAAAUCGUGGCAAUCGUCUUCAUAUUACGGUAAGACCCGAACGUCAAACCGACAAAACCAAAACAAUUGUUGUACGAAAAAUUGGGCAAUCAACAGUGAAACCAACUACAAGUCCCACCAAACAGUCAAAUGAAUCUGAAUCAUAUCCAAAAAAAUCUGUGGGACUUCAAAUUCAAAAUGUGUUUUCCCUUUCAAACGAUUCUUCUCCAUCUUAAAAUUGUUAAUUUCUUUUUUACUAUUUAUACAAAAUUAUUUGCAGUUUCAUUUUUUUUCAUAAUUAUCGCUUCUAAUCUUUCAAGCAUGUAUGCUAAUCUUUUCAAUAUGUAUUGAUUAUUAAGUUUUCAUUUUCAUUAAUUAAAUAAAGGAAAUAAGUGAAGUUUUUCGUGUUAUUUUUCAUCUUUUAAAAAUAAUUCUUUCCAGAAUUCAGAGUGCAAUGAGAAAACUUGUCUUUAGAACGUUAAAACUUUGAUUUUGAAUCCAUCUUAAAACGAAUCCCGAGAAACCAAAAUUUACAUGUACGUUUCAAAUCAGCCAUGUGACUGAUUUCUCCAUAUAAAAAAUUGCCCUGAAUAUGUAGCUUUGCAAGUGGCAGUCAUAUGGCAGUCACAUGCAAAUUUUGGUUUCUCGGGAAUACGAAGCUAUUUCUUUCUUAUAAGAAUAUAAUUUAAUAAACAUUUUGGAAAAUAAAUAUAUUUUUCAUUCCGUGUGGUCAAGAUGAAGCAUUUAAUAUCAAUCAAUGAUCAAGAGU